AUCGAACAGAGCCAAACCGGUUGAUUAGACACGAAGUGCGGCCAACUUAAAUUCGCUGGUCCCUUUUCCGCUUCACGUUGUCAAGAAAGAUGCCCGGAGUUACUGUGAAAGACGUUGAUCAACAUGCCGUUGUGAAGGCGGUUGCCGUUUUCUUGAAGAAGACCGGCAAGUUGAAGGUUCCAGAGCAAAUGGAUAUAAUCAAAACAGCGAAAUUUAAAGAAUUAUCUCCAAAUGACCCAGAUUGGUUCUACGUUCGUUGUGCGUCGAUCCUGCGGCAUUUAUACCAUCGAAAUCCAGCCGGCGUUGGGUCUAUAACAAAAAUUUAUGGUGGUCGUAAACGUAACGGAGUCCAUCCUUCGCACUUCUGUCGUUCGGCUGACGGAAAUGCACGUAAAGCACUCCAAGCCCUGGAACAUGCUCGUUUAGUCGAGAAGCAUCCCGACGGUGGGCGCAAAUUAACGUCAACAGGUCAACGAGAUUUGGAUCGUAUUGCGAAUCAAAUCGUGAGCAAGCAGAGAGCCGCACGUAAAGAUACUGGGCCUAUAGUACUAUCAUAAACGUACUUUGGUAAUAAAGAUUUCUAAAAAGUU